UAGGCUAACUGGAAAAAAACACCAUGUUUUUGUGAGCUGCAUGCACUCUCUGAGCUGCAGGAGGUGGAAACCUCAGAUACAGCAUUAUGACUUUGGCCAAAUCCAUUCUUCCACCCCAAGGUGUUCAAUCCUUAGUCAGUUAACAGGCCUAUUGAACUGGAGGCAUUUCACCAUGAGCCAGCCUGUCAAACAGGGGUGGCUCUUCAUACACUACUGUGCCCAGUAAGGUUUUUUCGUGCUCAUGUUGAUUGUACACAGCAACUGAGACAGGAUCACACUCAGCUCUUUGAUAACCAAUUGGGUCAGCCAGUGUCCAAACAGCGCUUGUCACACUGGCUAGUGGACACUAUUUCCCAGGCAUGCUCUGAACAGGGUAUUGAGGGCCUGGUGGCUCACUCUACUCGUAGCAUGGCCACUUCAUGGGUAGCAGCACUGAGCACUCAUGGGUUACUCUUGCUGACGUGUACGGCUGCGUCCUGGAGUACUCCAUGUACUUUUGCCAGGUUUUAUAGAAUGAAUGCGACCUCAACCACAGUCAGCGGCACUGUUCUCAUGGCUGCAGCCGAACAGACUAAGUGAAGGGAAUCUUCGCUAUACUUUUGAUACUAGUCAUCUGUUGUAAGACCAUGGUGCCGUGCCGGUCAGAGAGAGGUCUAAAUAGAUGGUAAGUUAUGUCCAUAACUAUGGAUCUUUGAGACUGAACAAUGACCGUCACCAUCCUGUGUUGCUCGGAACGAACUGAAGCACUCCAGUCAAGAGGAAGAGGCAUGUUCCCGGAUGUACUUCGUGCUGUGGGACCAGCCUCUGGUCAGCCACAUGACUUAUGGACAUAACUUACAUUAAUAGCAGCUGUUUCGGAAUACUGAAUUCUGUGGAAUACUGUGUACACUCAACCCAAGGUAACCAUCACACCAUUGGUUGGCAAAUGUGAGGCAACACUUGCAACUUGCAGUGCAGACAAUGCUUUCCCUGCUGCUGAAGUGUCAUGGAUUACCAACUCCCCUAUAGUUACAUUUAAGACAAACUCUACUGAGAACCCAGACGGGACUACCAAUGUCACCUCCAAUCUCAUGGGUGUGCCCUCCAGAGACCUCUACCGGAAGGAGGUCCAGUGUUUGAUCAGACACCCAACGCUGAAUGGCGAAGAGCUGACAAUCAAUUACUCCCUCAGCGCACAUUAUCCCCCUUUGCCUCCUAGAGUUACCCUUCUGGAGAGUCCGUCUUUAGGAUUUAAGUGUCAAGUUGACGGGAAUCCAGAGGCUGUAAAAUACACAUGGAGAAGGGAUGGACGUCUCAUCUCUGGAAAUGGAGUUAAAGCAGAUGUAAACAAACUCCACUUUCAGGAAUUUACAUCUGACAUGAAUGGCCUGUACGAUUGUGAGGUUUCAAAUAUGUAUGGGUCAGCAACAGGUUUCUUACACCUAUACACUCACAAAAAUGAAAGACAUUACGUUUUUUUCUGGAUUUCUUUCAUUGGGCUUGGUGUUUUCACAUUAGGCCUACUGUACAGAUUUGUGUCGAGACGUAAGUCUGCAGAAGAAACAGCAAAUGAGCCUAUUGAGCCUAUUGAGUCUUUUGAGCCUAUUGAGGAUUCAGAACAAUCAAGCCAUCAAUGUCCGAUGCAGGAAAUCAGCUCAUCAAAAGAUUCUCCUGAACAGUCUGCCCCCAUGAUGCCUGAAGAAAGGAGGAGUUCCAGCGAAGAUGAUACAUGACCAAGUCAACUAAAUCGACAUGAACUCCCCGGGGACCCCCUUGUUGACCACAGGCCUACAGUUCUGGCUAAAAUAGUGUCAGCCAAAUGGGACUGUAUAAGGAAUAGCAUAUUAUUUGGAUUGCUGUGAUUCACUGUGUGUGUGUGAUUUGCUUUAUAUAUUGCUGUGUACUUUUUGCCGUUUUCAUAAUUGAAUCACCGAUUGCAGUGCCUAUACUUAGAGUGACGUGAUUAUAGUACAGGGGUGUGAUUCUUCCGUUUUUAAACGGAAUUCCGUUUUUUUAGGCCUGAAAAUGAGACCCACGCAAUUCGUAUAGAUCCGCUGAGUUUUUUUUUAGGGGGGGGGGGGUUCAGAGGUUUAUUUCUGUAGCCUAAACACAGACCAUUGCUUUAUAAUAGGCCGCUGACAAUGACGACGGGUAUGGUGCUUCUUUCAUUCAUAUCACUCCGCAAGCCUAGUCCGUUCUCUCACUAGUGGAAUUCAUUGAAAGUGAAAGCAGACGGGUUGAUGAAUGUUUGAUGCAAGUUCGAUGUGUGAGUGUGUGGUAAACUAUUUGUUUCUUAGCAGAAGCCAUGAAACGGUAAAGGUCAAAUUAUUUGUUUAAGUAUUAUUAUUAAGUUAAGUAGUAUUUAUUAAGUCUUUGCUUCGCGUUCGCGUCCAGUUUGACGUGUCUGAAUUUUCCGAUAAUGACGACAAUCUCCUGGUACUUUUAAUUUCUGCGCGUGUAAACUAGUCUAGGCUACUGUGCUUGAAGAUAGCUGUGACAGACUAGCCUACUGGUUUUCAUCGUUUUCACCACAAAGCCCGUCUACCUUAGCUUAGGUCUACUAAAUUGUUUAGUUAACACCUGUCAUUCCGCGUUUGUCCAGCCGUUCACCUCCGUGCGCCCCAUGUCAUUCAAAACAUAUUUCGGGAUAGACAUCUCACUAUGAGAAAACGUAUUAUGAUAGUGCUAAGAGAUUGACACUUUGGCAUUCUUGGUAAACAUCAGUCUUGACUCUUGCACAUAAUAUUGAGCUGAUUUAUUUUAGUGGAAAUGGCCUAUUGUAGCAUUGUGCUGAUACAUGGAAAAAAGUUGCCUAUUUAAAGGCACAUUCUGAAUUUUAAUUCUAGCUCUCCAUUGAGUGUGUGCACUUGAACAACUAUGUAGCCUAUACCAGUAGGGCCUGCCAUUUAUUUUAGGAGGAGAGGAGGACAUGUUACCUUGGAAGGAGAGGGAGUGGUGCAAUUUGAUUUUCUUUCCAACUUAAAUAUCAAUAACCUUCAAGCAACCUCUUCAAUCAGCAUCAAUAGGCCUAUAUUGUACAGGACUAGACGACUGUAAGGGGGCAGGCUAAAUGUUAUCAUAGGCCUAUAGCCUACUAAAUAAUGUAGUCAACAUUAUAACUUUAUGUUGGUUUAAGUUGAAACAAAACAUGAACUGAGAAAAUCCAUAAUUCUACAUCAUUGUUGGCAAAAUGAUCAUGAUAGCCUAUAUUUCAGCCAUAUCUGCUUUAGUCUUAAGCAGGCCCUUGACUACUUUGCUAUAAAUGUGUUUUCUUUAGGCCUUAUAGACUAUUUUGUAAUAUGUUAUAAUGUUUGAAAUAUAUGUAUCUCAGUCUAUCAAUAGUUCUCAUAAAAGUCAUCAGAUGUCAUCAUUUAAGGGGUUAUUUUUCAAAAUUUUCUCCCGGGGGUGCAUGCCCCCGGACGCCCCUAGUAAAUUACAUUGAAGUGCACAGUAGCCGAUACUAUAGUACCUUAGCUAUACACUAGAGCAGCAGUUCACAAACUUUAGCCCCCAAGGACCACUGACUCGCGUAU